UUCUAUUUUAAUAUAUAUAUAUAUUUUUUCUGUGAAAAAUCUCUAAAAUGAGAGCUUCAAAUCAUGGCUUCCCCCUCUUCUCUGUACUGCUUCUCAGUACUCUUCUUGCUCUUCAGGCUGUUAAUGGAGCUUUGAUCAAUAAUUUCUAUAGGAAAAGCUGCCCCCAAGCUGAGAGAAUCAUUAAAGAUGUCACCUUUCGUCUCGUUCGAUCAAAUCCCGGCCUCGGCGCUCAACUCCUCCGAGUUCAAUUCCAUGACUGUUUCGUUCGGGGAUGUGAUGCAUCGAUUCUAUUAGAUACCGUUGGAACAAACCAAUCAGAAAAAGAAGCAAGACCGAACCAAUCACUAUUGGGAUUUGACGCCAUUGAUCAAAUCAAGUCCGAGGUUGAGAAAGUCUGUAGUGGAAUCGUUUCUUGUGCUGAUAUUCUUGCUCUUGCUGCUCGUGACGCUGUUUCCUUUCCAUUCAAAAACCGGCCACUCUGGCCUGUCUUAACUGGAAGAAGAGAUGGAACAGUUUCACGAUCAUCUGAAGUUACCGGUAAUAUCCCGUCGCCGUUCUCCGAUUUUGCCACUCUUAAGCAAAUCUUCGAGAAGAAAGGCCUAACUGUGAGCGAUCUGGUGAUUUUAUCAGGUGGACACACAAUUGGAGUAGCUCAUUGCGGCACUUUCUCAAGAAGGCUCUACAACUUUACAGGCAAAGGAGAUGCAGAUCCUUCAUUAGAUCCAAAAUAUGCAGAUUUUCUUAGAACAAAAUGUCCAAAUCCAGCUGACUCUUCCAUUACAGUUGAAAUGGAUCCAAGGAGUUCUCGUUCCUUUGACAGUAACUAUUUCAAAAUUCUCACACAAAAAAAGGGUUUGUUUCAAUCCGACGCCGCGCUUCUCACCGACGUUUCUUCGUCUCGGAUCGUCAGACAGUUGCAGAAUCCAAGGGCUUUCUCUUUAAACUUUGCUAAUUCCAUGUUGAAGAUGGCAGCCAUUGAAGUCCUCACUGGAACUAAUAAUGGUGAAAUUAGGAAACGAUGCCGUUUUGUUAAUUAAAAUUAUUGUAACGUGGGAAUUAUAUUUUAUUAUAUGGUGUCUUUUAUGAUAAAUGUUAUUUGCUAAUUUGUUUGUUUGUAUCUUGGUUUUGUAUGUAAUGUGGUAGUGAAGAAGCUACAUAUUUAUAUUUAUAUGCGUGGAAAAAUG